AGGAAGUUCCGGGGGGUGGGAGCAGAUUGCAUGGGUUUGAUCCAAGAGAAAAUGUAUUCACCUUCAAGGGAAACCUGAAAGUAGAAUGGUUACCCUAAAAUUAAUGAAACCCCUGUCCCAUUCUAAGCACUACUAUUGAUACAUGCAUACUUCCGAAAUGUGCAUGGUAUCCCUCGGGCAAACGGAAUCUGGUGUUGGAGUUUUAGUGCACGCACCUCAAAUGAAGGUUGCGAUUAUUUUACCUCUGCGAGCAUCAAUCCUUACCAGACUCGCUGUUCAAUGAACACAAAGUUGACAAUGCAGGCUUUCGCCCUUGCCAACUGAUGUUUUUUUAAAAGCGUAAAUCCCUGCAAGAUUCGGAUUUGCUGUGUAAUUAUCUUAAUUUGUCCAGCAGCUUUAUGCUAAUGUCCCGCACAAUAACCGAGUCCUCCGCGUGCCUUUCGCGUGCCCUUCAAUCUCCCGGUCAAAAGCGAGAUAAAAGCAUUUCGUGUCAACAGAGCGCGGCCAGCCAAAACAACCCGGAGACUCACACACACUGCACACUCAAUUAUUUAGCACAACAAAAGCGACACAUCUCCGCAUAUUUUAUGCAUAGUUUCUUCCUCCUCUCUAAUUUCUCUCUUUGCAGAGAGCGUUCACUGAGAGGAGGCUAUUUAUUAUAUGUGUUUUAUUUGUCAAACAAAAUGAGCGCCAUUGUAUCAGAGGUUAACCAUGUGUGUUUUUAAAUUUUAGUUCUUUAAGUGCAAGUGAGACCGUUUCACAAAUCUGAUGGAAAUAAUGUGUACUGAUCUCGGCGUUCUCGAAGCGGUUUGCGGUUUUUGGGUAAAUAUUUCAUUGAAGAGGGGCGGAUUUAAAUCCCAUUCUUCAUGCUUGUGAGAAAAUGAGGCAAAUAACUAAGCAAGUGAGGGGUAGAAACGACCGAGUAGAAAGGGAAUUGAAUCGAAAGGGAAUCUGAACUUUUACUUCUGCUAGUAUGGAGAGAGAGGCUGGCGCAAGAACGGGAAAGAUGAGAGCCGCCGACUCAUCCCGCAGCCGCCAGUCCUUCCGAUGCACUACUUGAGUUAAAGUUAAGAGAGUCUGGUGAGGGAUGUAUGAGGACCGCUCCUUGCCAAAUGCACUGAUAAAUGGAGUUAAACAUCAGCCUUCUCGCGUAGAUAGGAAGAGCAGAAAGUUGGUGAUGAACCCCGUUUGUCAGCGACUGAGACGGAUUGUGUAACAGAUGAUAGAAAUGUGGCGAUUUCCUUCAGCACAGCGUCUGUCCUUUACGAUGCGAGGCGAUCGCGGCGCAGCCCCUGCCUUCAUUGUUUGGGCUCGUGUUUCAAUGGACAGAGGUUAAUUUCAUUCACAAAGCCCAGGCCACGGCUGCGGAGGGAGCUUUUGUGUUGCCCUAGACAUCAGCCUCCUUUCUUUCUCUCUGCUGAGAGAGUGUGCGGAUGCUGUUGCGGGUUCUGAUGGUGAUGGACGGCUCUCGUUGGCAGAUUUCCAGUCCCCCCCCCCCCCACUGUAGACCGACAAAGAGCCGACGCGUGUCAGGCCGAAGAGAGGAGGAGGAGCCGGGCGUGUGGGCAGCAGCCACCGGCUGAACGCGCACACACGCGCGCGGCCAAAGGCCAGCCCCCGCAGACCAGCCGCAUCUGCUCGGUCUCAUCCCCGACGCCCACAAAGAACAAUUACCUGCUGACUGAAAUCUGAGUGGGGUGCAAAGGUGGGUGUGGGGGGGGGGUGAAAAGGUGAGUCCGCCGGCUGGAAACAGCCUCAAUUAUAGCGGAGAAAAUUCAGUGAGCAAGAAGUAUCGAUAGCUGGAAUUUCACCAAGGUUGUUGUCGACAACUGCAUGGGUGUAACAGAUGUAAAUACAAGAGUCUUCUUCUGAACAUCUAAACUCGCGGAACUCCCUUUUUUAUUGAACCUCCUGAGAUCAGCUCCUCGCCACUUCCACCUGCUCCCCUUCACUCCUUCAAUCCGCCGCCCCCCCCCCAUUCCUUAAGGUUAUCUUCCUCUGAUUGAAACUGCCUGUCAUCGGAACUUUCGGAAGAGGGUUGGGGUUAGAUGGCUUUGGAAAUAAACACACACACCCAUCCCGACUUGGACCGCUCAAAAAUCUGCGUGUCACGGACGGGUAAUUCUGCACUCUGCGAUUUAUAAGAAGGCAGGUGGGGAGGGGAAAACAUUGGUUCUAUUGUAAAGUUUCGGGAUCCCUAUCAGCUGGGAGUACUCUGCCCCUCGCACUUUGGUAUAUAAUCCGAGGGGGGAGGGAUGAGAUGGCAAUUAAUCCAACCCAUCCCUUCUGCCCUUCACUCACAUAUGCACACUCAGAAUUAAACACAUCGGCUCCCAGCCCCUCCCGAGCCGCUGCACGGCCCGAGGGGGGGGGGAGAGGUUGAAGAAACUCAGCUCCCCAUUGGCUAAACCCGAGUCAGCCGCGCCUGUGAUUGGCUGUCCGGCCGCUCGGCCAGGCGGGCAAGGACAAUGGGAGCGGGGCCGCCUUUAAAGGGAGCGGCGGGAGCGAAGCAAGGGAACAGGCUAGAUCCGAGAGCCGGAUCCCCGAGUACGGGCAGUAGCAGCGGGGAAGGCUGGCGGUGGUCUGGCGCCAUGCCACACACACAGCGGGCUCCGCCGGGCACAUAGUGCGGGGCGACUGGAGCUCCUAACCGGCGUUCACAGUGCAUUCAUUUAUUUAUUUGAUGUCAAGUGCCUUCUGCUUACUCAAAUUUGCUUUUUUAAAACAAUUAUUUCUCGUCACACGCCCGCUCUCCCCAACGAUGCCGCGAGGAUUCCUGGUGAAGAGGAGCCGGAGAUCCACGCCCAUCUCCUAUCGCAUCCGCUGCCACGAUGCCGCCGAGCCGCCGGUACAGCAGCCGCCAGCGGACCCGCCUCUGCCCCAGGGGGCGGGGGGAGGAGCCGCCCCGGAGCCGGGUGGAGCGCAGGUGUUUGGCCGGCUGGAGCCGGGCUGUCCCGGGCAACCGCUGUCCAGCCCGGCUCGACCCGUCAGCAGAGAACGCCUGUACGGCCAGCGGACAGUGAGCCUGGGCUCCCCGGUUACCGCCGAGUCAUUCCCAGGACCGGCGGCCACUUUCAACGCCCUGGACCGCAUGUUGCUGUUGGCGGCCCCGGGCGGCGCCGAGUUGGGCUGCAGCGGCGGUGGAGGAGGAGGUGAUGGAGGUGGAGGCGGCGGCGGCGGCGCCUCCUCGCCGUCUCCCCGGGCAGGGGGCGCCACCAAAGCGGCCGAGCGCAGGAACAAGCCACCGAUGGGGGCGGGAGCAGCGGCCCGCCGGGCCAAGGCGGCGAGGAAGCUGGCCUUUGAAGAUGAGGUGACGACCUCGCCGGUGCUGGGGCUACGGAUCAAAGAGGCGCUGCCCGAGGGCGAGGGCAAGGCGGGCCGCAUGGGCGGAGGCCCUGGCCAAGGACUGGGACCUGGCCGCCGUCUGGGCGAAUUCAUCUGCCAGCUCUGCAAGGAGGAGUACGCCGACCCGUUCGCACUGGCCCAGCAUAAGUGCUCCCGCAUCGUGCGGGUCGAUUACCGCUGCCCCGAGUGCGACAAGGUCUUCAGCUGCCCGGCUAACCUGGCGUCGCACCGCCGUUGGCACAAGCCCCGACCCCCGCACCAGCCCAAAGCAGACGUCGGAGCGGAGCCCCGGUCUGGGCCCGGGCCCGAAGCCGAGCGGGACAGCCCCGAGCCUAGCUCGGCGCUCGCCGAUUGCGGCUCCGAAGACGGCGGCCACUGUGAAUGCUGCCGCUGCGGCAAAAGAUUCAAGCGCCAGGCUUACCUGAGGAAGCACCUGCUGGCUCACCGAGCCGAGCCGCCGCCACCCCCCGACAAGCUGCCGCCGGGCCCCGAGUGCCAGCUCUGCGGGGAGAACUUGGCCAGUAAGGGUGGCCAGGAGCGCCACCUCCGCCUGCAUGCCACCGAGGUUUUCCCCUGCAAGUAUUGCGCGGCCACUUUCUACAGCUCGCCCGGACUCACCAGGCACAUCAACAAAUGCCACCCGUCAGAGAACAGGCAAGUAAUCUUGCUCCAGGUACCAGUGCGCCCGGCCUGUUAGUACAUGGAGAGGGGGCGACAAACCGUGCCUUUAUCAUCAUCCUCAUCAUCAGACCACUCUUUACCCAGCCCGUGCUCAAAUGAACUGGUUUCAUCGCUUCAUCCCUCCUUCAACAAGCCUGGUGUACCAGACGCUCAUCUCGGUCCGCACCUUUAGGUCCAAAAACAAUAAACAGCUUUAAUGUAGCUUUGUGACUUGCUGGACACUUGAGACGGUCAAUUGUCUGAACAAAGCCGGUAUUAGAACAUUCCUUUAGAUUAGCCACAAAUGCCUUGGAUUGCUGACCCGGAUAUUUCAGUAAGAUGAUGUAAAUGCCUUAAUUUUUCGACGCUUUCCACGCUGUUCCCCCCCUUCGUAAAUGAUGAGUUUGUUGCAUAUAAUUUUACUGUUUGAAUAUAUGUAUUGCUAAAUGAAUACAUUUUAUAAUUUAUUCGUUUUAUUUAUUUAUAAAAAAACUACGUGAUAAUGUAUACUUUCGUUAUCUAUUUUGACGUUCCGUGUUUGUUUUAGUAAGUUAAAUGCUCCGUUUUUAGUACUUCAGAUCGACUUUCGUUUUCCAAACAAAUGUAAAAUGUGUUCGUUUAUUUUAUACGAUCUUAAAUGGAAUUUGGUUAUUCGAUUCUGGUACCCAUACACAGACCCGUGUGAAGCUGACAACUGUUAAAUUAAAUGCAAUCCCUUUUCUACACAACUUAUUUUCUUAACUGUUAGCUUUUAUAUAGUGGUUCCAAAUGUACGUUCUCAACUGUGUUUGUUACUGAAUAUUUAAAUAUAUUAAAUACGUAUAAUUAUCCGUG